AUGUCUUCAGAUCAGCAAUGGCUGCCAAAACCGCGGCGUUCUCGCAAGUCGAUUGCUGUGAUGCCGAGUAGCUCCGCUGCUACAACUCAAAUAAGCAAGGAAAACUCGUCAUCGACAGAAUCAGCAAUAGCAAAACCCACUCGUAAAUCUCGAUCGAAGUCCUUAGGACCGGGUGGGCUCGAUGCGCUAAAUGAUACAUCUAAUGGCCGAGGACUGAAAGAUGCGAACGGUAAUGGGAGGAGAAUAUCUUCGGUUCGUGACCACAGCUUCCCCCUAUAUGUAUUUUCAACGAAUCUGACUAGAAAACCACUUCUUUGUACCUUAGAUUGUACCGCAGGCUCAAGUGAAGUCUAUUCUAAAACCUACCUUACCGCUUUCGCCUAUCCAGGCGAUCCCCGCGCAUAGGUCUCGGGGAGGUAAUAAUAAACAAUCAUCUUCGCUGCCCCAAUCAUCAUCACAGUCAUCCUCUGCAAGCACUUUGCUCAAUUUUCAACCGCCGCCUUUUCCUUCCAAUGCAGUACCCACCACAGUUCCUGUACGCACUGAAGAGGAGCAGCAGCGGCGAGCAGAGAUUUUAGCGGCGAGAGCUGCACGCCGGCAGUCUCUUGGUAACCGCCGUGUUUCUUUCGCUCCAGAGGCUACUCUUCAUACUUGGGAUGUUGUGGAGUAUUAUCGCGGCGACGAUGGAUCAUCAACACCUAGCUCUACCGGGGGCAGCAAAGCAUCUACGCCUGCCACUGCAUCUACAGACCGAGCGGACGGUUUCGGUGGUGUUCAGGCGACUCCUACACCUGUCGUGGCCCCAGAUCCAAGGCUUCCAGAAACCCCCCCAAGUGUGCAUAAUAAGAGAAAUAAUUUUUCAGCUCCGACGCCGCCUAUGAACUUUAAUAAUCCCGACGAUGACUUUUCUUCCCCUUUCUCAUCGGGAACUGAGGGUGCCCAGAGCCCCUUUGCUGGAAUGCCCGAAGCGGAGGAUAGUGAUGACGAUAGCUUAGACGAUUUCGGCGAUGAUAGCGCUGGCGGACGGACGUUUGUUUCGGUGGCCGGCGACACUACUGCGGGAGAUGUGAGUGCGGAUGUGGAAAUUGCGGAUGACGAAGUCACUGGCGCCUUUAAGGCUUUUGGCAAACGCACUGCAUGGAAACUUGAAGGGGCUACAGAAACCGACGAGCAGUCAAACCGCUCGGAGAAGGAUGAUGAGACCGAGAGUCUUGGUGGGGAUAUGACUAUGGAGAUGACUCGACCAGUCGGCGGGUUUUUACCAUCUGCUCCUCAACUUGCGCCUACUCGGCCAGGAUCUGAUGACGGUGACGGUGAGAUGACCAUGGAAAUAACUAGGCCUGUGGGUGGCCUUCUCGUUCCCCCCAACAAGCUUACGGCAACUGCUGGCGGGGAGGAUGUGACUGCGGAUGUGACUGCAGAUAUGGAUAUCACGCGUCCCAUCGGUGGUAUCCUGGGAAAUGCCGCAAAGGCCCUGGAGAGGGCUAAGCGUAGGUCUCUUGGACUUCAGCCCCAACCCUUGGUCCAGUGCGGUGACGAAACUGGAGAGGAUGAGGAUAUGGACAUGGACAUGACACGACCGAUUGGUGACGCACUUCCUAGUGGCCCUUCCGGGGAAACAUCCGCUUUCGAAGCUGAAGACCAGACCAUGGAUAUGGAUUUUACUCGACCUGUCGGUGGUAUACUUUCAAAUACUGCAGUCAACGGGUCGCCUGGAUUUGCAGAUGAAGACCAGACUAUGGAUAUGGAUAUUACUCGGCCAGUUGGUGGGAUCUUGUCCGGGGCUUCGGCGCAAACAUCACCAACCGUCGACGUGGGGGACCAGACGAUGGAUAUUACUCGGCCGUUGGGCGGUAUAAUAUCUGCCCCUCAGCCACGUGCUCUCUCUCCGAUCUCAUCUGAUGUCGAAGCGAAUGAGGAGAUAACCAUGGAGUUUACCAGCGUUAUCGGAGGCAUUAUUGGGAACAACGAAUCUAAUGGCACUGGUGAGAAUGCGGAACCACGAAGGAGAGAUUUGUUAAGCGGAGAUGAUUGGAAUAAGGACCAGGAGCGGCUUGCUAGUUUUGCGGAAGAGGACGAAGGAGAGUCAGCUAUGGACAUGACCGUUGCAAUUGGCGGAAUCUUGCCUUCCGCUAUGAACGAGCAAGCGGGAAAGGAGUCUGCUUCACUUUACCCCGAACUUCCAGCUCUGCAAGGGACUCAAGAUGCAGAUGACACAGGUGAAGAGGAUGGGGACCUCAGCAUGGAGGGUGUUACCAUGGAUAUCACUACCGCUAUCGGCAGCAUCAUACCGGAUCCUAGGCCCCUGUUAUCCUCCAAGGGAAAUCUAGGUAUGCAUCAACCAACGACGAAGGAAGUAGUACCAACACCUGUUGCGCCAUCGAUUGUUGAGCUACGGAAAGAGAUGGAGAUUGUUUCCGAUCAGGGAAGCCCGACCCCGGCAAAGAGAAGAACUAGUAAGAGGUUGAGUGCUGUAUCUGCUAUGGGGAGUGAGAAGAGAGUUACUCGAAGGAGCAGCGCUGCCACUCGCAAGACCGUGGAGAGCGCGCAUUCCCAGUCUCCGGUUCCUGUCCCCACACCCGUUGUCACGCAGUCGGGAACUCCGCAACGGAAACGGGAAACCCCGAAAGCCACUCCCAGAGCAACUCCGAAGUCUACCCCCAUUACAGAGCUUACCCCGGCUGCGAAAACUCCUUUGGUUACGCACUCUACUCCUGUUAAAGAGCCUACGCUACUAACGGUGGAAAAGCGCAAGGAAGACUUCAUCUUUGCAACCCCUCAGAAGAAGCUAUCAACUCCUCAGCCAUGCACACCUCCCGAACAACUCACCCCGGCAGUACCGGCAACCAAGCCGAAGACUCCGAGCAAGAAGGCCCUAAUAAUUGAAACCCCACUGCGUGCGGGCGGUAUCAAUGGGGGCUACUCGAUGAGUGCUAAAAAGAGGAUUGGCUUUCCAACUUCACCUUCGCCAAUGAAGCAGAAAACUCCGUCCAAGCAUGCUACGCCGAUGGCUUUCGGCUCCCCCAUGGUCACUAAGGGAGUGGGUAUUGACAAGCCCGGCUUGGGAUCUCCGCGUAUUGCAGCAAAACUUUCUGAGCGAAGGUCUAUUGGAGAAGAGAUGCCCUCGUUCUCCCCAAUUACAGUGCCUAGGGAUUUGAUCAGGGCGUCUAGAGAAGACGAUUUGGCCGAUGCAGAGGACGAGCGCAGAGAGAAAGAGAGGGAGGCGGAGAGGAGGAAGAGUCUUGACCUGAGAAGCAGGAUCGACAUGUUGACACCAAGGAAGGCCUCUCGUAAGAGUCUGGCUUACGGUGCACUGCUGGCAGGUGUAGGCAAGAGGGAGAGGAGUGAUGAUGCAUUGGCAGUGCUGGGAGGUGGGAAGCGGAGGAAGAGUGCAGAUGGGCCUAUUGCUGUUGGUGAUAACUGUGGUUCUACAACCCCACAGGCAAAGACUCCGGGAGUUGAACGCCCUACCUUACCUACGCCUGGUUCUGGCCGAAGGCAGACUCCAAGAAAGCGGGCGGUUGUUAUUGCUCCGGAAACCCCAGUUAUCAUCGAGUCUGCUAACCCUACAUUCGACCAACCGGAAGGGAGUUCUCUAGAGGUAGAGAUGCCAGAUCAGACGUUUGAAGAGGAAGAAGAACCCAAAAUUAGUCUUCAAGAGUUCCUAGAUAUGACUAGCAUCACUUUCCUUGAUGGCCUCACUACAACCAAGCGUCGUCAAACUGGGUUCCCAGGCCUUAAGAAGGGUCGACGGAGCAUGGAUGAUGAAGCCGAAGCUAGUCUGGCAGACUGCGUCAUCGCCGGUGCUUGCACCGUUCCCAUGCUCGACCUCUUCCAGCACUCUUGCCGUGAGUUAAAAAAGUACAUCCGCGAGGGGCGUGAGGUUGUCAAGACAAUCGAGGGUGACACACUGGAGGAAAACCCCCUACUCUUCCGAGAAUACAUGGAGGCUCCGCCUGACGUCAAACUCAUCAUGGACACCCAAUUCAAGAAUGUCAAAACUCACGCGCGAUUCCUCGCAAAGGGGAUCUGGUAUGAGUGGCGGAUGAAGCUCCUCGAGGGCGUUCGUGCAGCACUAGAAGAAAAUCUCGGCGGCCUCAAAGACGAUGAAACGCUGCUUUCAGAAGCCCUCGCCGCCGGCCAGAAACUCCUCCCAGAAAUAAUUUCCCGCUUUGAGGCUGCAAAGUCGAAACUAGACUCUAUGCGUGAGAUGAAGCGUAGAAUAGAGGCAGACGAUAAAGCACAGCUUGCAAUUGCCCGGGAGAGCUUCCAAUCCGUGCAAUACAAGAUUGAGCAAACAAGGACCGAGCUCGCCCAGCGAAAGAGAGACCUUGAAGAACUCGACGCUCAGCUUUCAGAGCGUGAACUUCGCAAGCAAACACUCCAAUCCUGCAUCGAAGAGGCUGAACGAGUGAAGGAGAUGAAUCGGGGCUGGUCAGAGGAGGAGGUCAGCACCUGGAAGUCAAAAGUCACUGCGUUGGAGCAAAGACAUGGAUGGAGUAUAAUCUCGGUGGCAGAUGGGACUAUGGAAUUACUGUUCCUGAAGCAGCUUCGCAUACUCUGGGAUUCGCGCGCUUGUGCAGUUAUGGGGGUGAAUUAUGUCCUGCCGGCUGUUUCUAAGCCUUCGGAUCCAGUCCCACUAGGCGAGGUAGAGACUACGUUUUUUAUCACGGCGCUGGAAAAGAGGUUGUUUGGGGUGGGGGGUUUAAAGGCUGUUGUGAAGAUUGCGGACGGGUACUGGCGGAACGCGCUUAUCGUUACGGAGCAAAUCAGACAAGUCCGCCGGUUGCAUCCAACAGAUGUUACCCCUGUCGAGGGCCAUGGUGGGGGUCUGGUUGUCAGAGUCAGCGUUCUUAUUCCUGAAAUACGCUCGAAGAUCCGGAUUGUGUUAUCGUUGGAUGGCGAUCUUGAAGUUUCUGGAGGGGCGAAAGUUGUGUAUGGAGGCGUGAACGAGGGGGUUGUUAGUGGGUUUGUGGAGAAUGGGGUCAAGGCUGGAGUUUGGAGGGGGGUUGUUGAGGAGGUUGUUGGGAGGUGCCUUGAUGGAAGGAGGAAGGGGGGUGUGGGGGUUCCUACUAAGCAG